GUCUCACAGCGGAACAAGCAAGCAAACGCGACCCUGUCAAACCUCUCCAGGAGGAGUUUAGCUGCUCGAGAGCGAGAUAUUUUGGUUAACCAUCCCUAUAUUUACAGUUUUAUUUGUUUUUAGGUAAUACAAGUCGCAGGGGAAUCAUAAUUAUUUUAUUGCAUAUUUGGUGCAUUUGUCUAUUUUAGCAUUUAUAGUUGAAACCUACCCCCCUCAAGCCGUGCCCAAUGCCGAGGAAUGGAUAGUGUGUCUGGCAAAGGUGGAAAGAUGGUCGAAAGUGAUGAACAGUCGGAGAGAGCUAGUGGCGGUGGCGCAGCGAUGGCCGCGCUACACCAAUGCGAACUCAUCCAGAACAUGAUCGAAAUCUCCAUCUCCAGUUUGCAAGGGCUCCGGACCAAAUGCGCCGCGUCCAACGAUCUCACCCAGCAAGAGAUACGCACUUUAGAGGUGAAGCUGGUGAAGUACAUCUGUAAGCAGCUGCACUGCAAGCAGAAGGUGCCGGAGAGCGAGAGGCCCCCGGCGCUGGAGAGCUACCCGCGGCUCAAGGACUGGCUGCGGACCAUCAACCUGCGGCCGGAGCUCAUCGAGGCGGUGCCGGUGAAGCUGUCCCUGGACGCCCUGCUGCAGAUGUCUGGCUCUCAGGUGCGGGAAACAAUGAGAAGACUGGGUUCCAGCACAGAGGAGUGCUCCCGGCUCACCGCUGCCCUCUCCUGCCUGAAGAGCGCUACUGAAUCAGGAGGGGAGCUGAGAGACGACGGGGUGCCUUGGAUUUCGGAGCCCACCCGACGAGACAGCGGCACCUUGGCCCCCGUGGACCAGCUGUCCUGCCCUGGAGGGCCGCUGCGGUCCCACAGCCCCUCCCCCCUGGCCCGCCCCCUCGGCACUCCCUCCGCCCCCUCCACCCCCUGCAAUCCCUGCACCCAUCCACGCUCCGUGUCCACGUCGGCCGCACCCUCCUCCGAUGGGGGGCCAUGCUUCUACGGCGAAGGCCUGUCCGACCCCUUCCCCCCCUCCCCACGGCCCGGCCGGAUCCCCGGCCAUGCCGCCACGCCCCCCAUCACCCCGCCCUCCAAGAGACGCCACAGGCUGAAGCCGCCCUGCACGCCGCCGCCUCCCUCCAGGAAAGUGCUGCACCUGCUCCCCAACAUCACCCUCACCCGCAGCAAGAGCCACGAGUCGCAGCUGGGCAACCGCAUCGAGGAGCCGCCCAUCAACAAGUGCGCGAAGAAGAACAAGCUGUUCCUGAACGUGCACAUCAAUGGCAGCGGGAACGGGUGCGAGGACUCGCCCUCGCGCUCGCCACUGCUCUCCGCCCGCACCCCCGGGGCAGCCCAGACCCCCGCCACUGCCCCCUACACGCUGCCGGGCACCCCCACCCUGCUGGAGGAGCACAGCAGCCUCAAGAAUAAUCUUGCAGUGCAUCGGAGCUCUCCGCAGACGAUGAGGCGGGACAUCGGCCUAGCCGUCACACACAGGUUUUCGACCAAAUCCUGGCUCUCACAGACGUGUCAGGUGUGUCAGAAGAACAUGAUGUUUGGGGUGAAAUGCAAACACUGCAGGCUAAAGUGCCAUAACAAAUGUACGAAAGAAGCCCCUUCCUGCAGAAUAUCUUUCCUCCCAAUUGCAAAAAUCAGAAGGACCGAGUCUGUACCCUCGGACAUCAACAACCCCGUGGACCGGCCUGCCGAGGCGCCGCAGUUCGGCACGUUACCAAAGGCAAUAACCAAAAAGGAGCACCCCCCGGUACUGAACCAGCUGGACUCCAGCAGUAACCCUUCCUCCACCACCUCCUCCACGCCCUCAUCACCCGCCCCGUUCCAGCAGAGCAACCCCCCCAGCGCCACGCCGCCCCCCAACCCGUCGCCCAAGGGCCCCCGGGACAACCGCUUCCACUUCCCAGCUGCCUGCUACUUUCAGCAUAGACAGCAGUUUAUCUUCCCCGAUGUGCCUGGCUCCCCCUCUCUGCACUCAGAAGGCACGGAGGGCUCAGUUGAGACGGAGCCGUCAGGGGACGACCCCAAGUCACUGCUGGCAGGCAAUGGUGAUGUUGAGGAGGUUGAUGAAGAGGAGGAGGUGGAAGAGGACGAAGAUGCAGGGGAGGAGGAAGAGGAGGAGGAGGAGGAAGGGGAGGGGGAGGUUGAGGGGAAGGGGGGUUCGGACGGGGAGGGCGACCGGGACGAGCUGGAUGACCUGCCGAGCCCGCGGGGCAGCCACUGGAAGGGCCCCAUCUCGCGCAAGGCCAGCCAGACCAGCGUGUACCUGCAGGAGUGGGACAUUCCCUUCGAGCAGCUGGACCUGGGCGAGCUCAUCGGCAAGGGCCGCUGGGGCAAGGUGCACAAGGGCCGCUGGCACGGCGAGGUGGCCAUCCGGCUGCUAGAGAUCGACGGCAACAACCAGGACCACCUGAAGCUCUUCAAGAAGGAGGUGAUGAACUACCGGCAGACUCGGCACGAGAACGUGGUGCUGUUCAUGGGAGCCUGCAUGGCCCCUCCCCACCUCGCCAUCAUCACCAGUUUCUGUAAAGGACGGACACUAUACUCGGUUGUGAGAGAUACCAAAAACACGCUGGACAUCAACAAGACCAGGCAAAUUGCUCAGGAAAUCGUAAAGGGAAUGGGCUAUCUGCAUGCUAAGGGCAUAGUGCACAAGGAUCUGAAGUCAAAGAACGUGUUUCACGACACAAACAAAGUCGUCAUUGCAGAUUUUGGGCUCUUUGGGAUCUCUGGAGUGGUUCAGGAAGGGAGGCGGGAGAAUGAGCUGAAGCUGCCGCAUGGCUGGAUCUGCUACCUGGCCCCUGAGAUUGUGCGCCGGAUGCGCCCAGGAAACUACGAGGAUCGCCUGCCCUUCUCCUACUCUGCAGACGUCUACGCCUUUGGCACCAUCUGGUACGAGCUUCAGGCACGAGACUGGCCCAUUACAAACCAGCCUGUGGAGGCCACCAUCUGGCAGGUGGGCAGUGGAGAGGGCAUCAAGAAGGUCCUGGCAGAGAUCAGCCUGGGCAAGGAGGUCACGGAGAUCCUCUCUGCCUGUUGGGCGUAUGACCGGCAAGCUCGGCCCACCUUCACCCAGCUGGCCGAGAUGCUGGAGAAGCUGCCCAAGCUCAACCGCAGACUGUCCCACCCCGGCCACUUCUGGAAGUCUGCAGAGUACGUAUCCUAGGGCGGUUCUGCAUGGGACUCGUCUUGCCUGGCUUGCCACCGUGACCUCCGACCCCACCUGCCCACCCCUACACCCUCCCCCCACCACCCUCCGCCCCUCAUCUCUCACACAGUCACUUUUAGGGGUGCUGACACCAGGGGAAGGGAUUCGGGAGGGGAGGAUGGUUCAUCUAAGCACAGCAGGGUGGCUGCUCCCAUGUGCGAGAUGCAAGCCACACAGAAACACAGUGCCGGUGGAGGGUACUGUACUGAGUCAGCUGAAGAAGCUCUCUGAAACACGCCCCCCACCUCCCCCCGCCCCACAAGCGACCGCUCCCUUCACUCCUGCACCAGGAUGGCUGAACCCAUUUACCUAAAGUCACUUUGUGUGGAGGGUUGAUUUUUUUGCUUGCUUUCUGGGCCAUGAUACAUGUUGUUGUGUGUGCUUGGCAUUACUACAGACACUGUGAGAUAGUUUGUCACAAGCUCUAAUUAAAAACCUUUCCCAGCACGAUCUAUGACAAGGGCAAGGCAAGAGGAAACGUUUUGUUAAAAACGGACUAAUGUGAUUUUUUUUAACUUUCGCUGUAGCAUUUAACAUUAGAUUGCUGUGAACCAUACUUUGUUUUGAAAACAAGUUUAAUUUUAUAUUUUGUUCUUACAGUGCGACAACCUUUUAAGUGUUGUUGCAUCUAACUUUAGAUUGCUGUGAACCAUACAUUGUUUUGAAAUCUGCUGGUUUAUACUGCUGUCUGGUUCCUUUUCAAUCUCUCCCCCAGACCACUCCCCCUGUUGUGUGACACGUGUAGCAGUAUUUGACACAGUUGUGAUUUUCCCAUCUCCUUGUUUCUCACCUCCUGCCCAUCUCUCCUCCUCUCUGGGUGCUGUUCCAUGCCAUGACCGGGGACAUUCCUCUAUGAUCCUGUCCUUCCUGAUUUGCCCCGCCUCCUCUGGACCCCAUCUCUCCACUCCGAUUCCACUGUUCCUCUCUCUCUCUCUCUCUCCCUCUCUGCCAUCCCCUCAUCCUCCCUCUCAUGUACUCCUUCCUCCCUCCCCUUGCGUGUGUUCCGUCACGCACCCAAACCUGUGCUUCUCCCCGUCCCACUGCCCGCCUGUGUGUCAUGUGAUCAGACGCUGGCACCACAACUGCCUCCGGGACCACUGCUGUCAGGGAGCCCGAACCUACUGUCCCUUCAUUAACAAAUAGCGCAGUGAGGGAACCAGCCACCUUUCGGGUGUGAGGGUUGGCAUACGCCGACGCGCCGCCCCGGCUGAGAAGAUCUAGGCUGCUCCUAAUGCAUGCUGGCAGCCAAGGCGCCAUCUGUCUCCUGUUGAUUACACUAUAAAAAAAACUGAAACUGGGUAUCGCUAUCGCUGCCCCCUCCCACAUUGUCUCAGCAAAGUCUGCGUGACAGCAUGCCAGAGCUCCAGUAACGGCGAAAAAGCUCAGAUAGCAGUUUGAAACGCCAGAUUGCGAGGCUACUGGAGGGGAUCGCUAUUUUGGGGCUCGAUUGAAAUAGGAACCUGAGAACCAGGGUGUCUUAUUUUGUGUGUGUGCGUGUGUGUGUGUUUUUUGCCUUGAUUGAAUGUUUGUUUUUGAUAAUCUGUGGCAAUCGCCCUGUCUUGUGUGUGUACAUGAGUGUGUGUGUGUGUGUGUGUGUGUGUGUGUGUAUAUGUGUGUGAGAGACUCCCUGGCUAACUGUGGUACAGCUUCUCAACUGGUGUCUGGCGGUGCCUUCUCUCCAGCUCAGUCUCUGUCACUGUCACUGUCACCUGCUCUCACGCCUUCACUAACACGGUCUAACCUCUGCCUCUCCUUCUGUGUUUUUCUCUUUGUCCGUGUCCUCUUCUCUCUCUUCCUGAUGUAGGUUGUAGCUGUCAGCUCAGGACACACGCAGAGCGCAAUGAGUAACGCCUGGGUCUGCCUUGCAUGCUCCCAAAAUCCUUAACUCUUUGAAAAAGAAAAAAAAAAAAAAAUUGUGCGCAACAGCUUCGCCCGAUGCCGGCACCGCUUCUACUAAUCCACUACCUGACCUCCGCCUUUGCGCCGUUUAGUUUCACCUUUUGUGGAGGGGGGGGACGUUGGGUGGCAGGUGUGUGCACACAUGUAUGUGUGUGUACGUGGGGGACAAGGACAAUGGAAGUCGACUUGAAGACCCCUCCCCGGUUACCUCCCCUUGAAGCUCUUAACUUCGUCCUUUUAUUUCUUCACCUUUCGAGCGGCUCGUUUUUCUCUCUCCCGCUCUUGGUUACUGGCACUAAAACGGGCGGCUGUAAGUGUGGCCCCUGCCUGUCGGUGCCGAGCUGCCGAGUCGCGCUUCUAACGCCGCGCCAGAGGGCCCACGUCCCACUGGGGUCACUCUGCACGGGAUCCCCCCACCACCUCCCCAUAUCUCCCCAUCCUCUCUCACGCUCUUUCCUUGCGAUCUUUAUGCAAAGCUUCGGCCUUUGAAAUGACGUAUUCAGCUGCUCCAGGCUCGUCUCUCUUCUGCCUUCAAACUGAGUGACUUCAGCUUUACUCGCUGUGUUUUAUUUUGUUUCGUUUAUUCUUUUGGUCUGCAGACGGAAUAAGUAAUUGCUCGGUCACAGUGUUGCACACAGCAUUGAUAUUACUGCUAUGUUAAAAUGAUAAAAAAAAAACCUAUCACAUCUGGUCGGGGCCUCCGUUAGGCUGUUUUGAACACGUUUUGUCCCUCACUGUGUACGCUGUCCGGCUCUGACGAUUCACCCACAAUUGAAAAGAAGUGGACUUCAGAUGCAGAAACUGAAUGGAUGAAUGUGGCAGUGCCUACCCUAGAGAGGGCCUAGAAAGUGUCACAGUGGGUCAGUCUGAGCAGAAACACUUAAAAGCUACUCCGCAGAUCAAGUCCAACUCUUCCAGGUCACAAGGUGGCGCAAGAAAACCUGUAUUGCUGUCUUUUUGGAUGGUUCAUUCCAUUUUGCUGUUUAUGCUAAACCACUGGGAAUGGGACAGUGUUUUUUUUCUUUUUUCGAAAAUGUGAGAUGGUGUGUUGAGUUCUCUUGCUGUCAGAAAUUCAAAAGGAAAGAGCCAAAACAAGAGAUAUGAGGAUGCCUUCUCAUCUUGAAGUGGUUUAGAAAUUAGACUGUUCAAUUAGUGUGUGUGCGUGCACGUGUGUGUGUGUGUGUGUGUGUGUGCGCGCGUGUGUGUUAGGUAUGUGUUUAGCUCUGAAAAGGCUCUCUUGCAUCAAGCAAAAAAAAAGAAAAAUUACAGCAACUUGGCACGAUGGUGUUGAAAAAUGUAUUCUUUAAACACAACCUCUUUUUUUGCGCUUGUUGUGUGUAUCUGUGUGCCCAUGUUUGUGUGCGUGUGUGCGCGCUAGUGUUUCUGUAUGAGUGUGGGUGAAUAUAGAGGUUCAUUCUGUGAAAGACUGCAGUAAUUGAGGUGUUUUAUCAAAAACUAUCAACGCUAUAUAAUAUAUAAAUAUAUAUAAAUAUGGUUUUA